AUGGAUGAAAAUAGGAAAUAUGGAAAGAAAGAAGAGACGAGAAACCCCCAGAUCCGAGGAGAGACUGAAUAUAAUCUUCCUCCAUAUGGAAUCAAUGAGAAUGUACCAGAGGGAUUUACCUAUCCACACUGGAUGCCUCAAAAUAUGAACUAUGCAUUUGAUCAGCAAUAUAACUAUUAUAGUCAUGUUCCUCAGUUUCACAACACUGGGAUGAUACCCCAAGGGUUCGUGCAGGAUCAAACACAUCCGAUUAUGUUUGAAAAGCCUAGGGGGAAGAGCCAUGGGAAAAAGAAGAUAAAGCUUGAAUACAUAUCUGGAAAAAACAAGAGAAGUGUUUGCUUCAGUAAGAGAAAGAGGGGCAUAAUGAAGAAAGCGUACGAACUAAAUAUUCUUACUGGGACCGAGAUUCUCUUGCUGGUAGCCAGCGAAAGUGGCCAUGUAUUUACCUUUGCCACAGACAAGUUGAAGCCUAUUAUAACGGAGCAUGAAGAUAUUAUACAAAACUGCCUGAAUAGACCAGAAGGAAUGCCCUACAAACCUAAUUUUCCCAAGGAGAGACCGAAUCCCGAAGACAAGGGAUAUCCCAAAGCUGAGGCACCCAACGAGUUUAGGGAGAGACAAUGA